AUGGACUUAAGGGUGGGCAAGAAGUACAGAAUCGGUCGUAAGAUCGGGUCAGGCUCGUUCGGAGACAUCUACCUCGGCACCAACAUCAUCUCAGGCGAAGAGGUGGCCAUCAAGUUGGAAAACACCAAGGCCAAACACCCCCAGUUGGAGUACGAGGCCAAGGUAUACAAGGCGUUGAGUGGCGGAGUCGGCAUUCCAUUCGUCAGAUGGUACGGCACCGAGUGCGACUACAACGCCAUGGUGAUCGACUUGUUGGGGCCCUCGUUGGAAGACUUGUUCAACUAUUGCAACCGCAAGUUCACCUACAAAACGGUGUUGUUGUUGGCCGACCAGUUGAUCUGCCGCAUUGAGUACAUCCAUGCGCGGUGCUUCCUUCACAGAGACAUCAAGCCCGACAACUUCUUAAUGGGUAUCGGCAGAAGAGGCUCCCAGGUCAACGUCAUCGACUUCGGGUUGGCCAAGAAGUACCGUGACCCCAGAACCCACUCCCACAUCCCCUACAGAGAAAACAAGAACUUGACAGGUACUGCAAGAUACGCCAGUGUCAACACCCACUUGGGAAUAGAGCAGUCCAGAAGAGAUGACUUGGAGAGUUUGGGGUACGUCUUGAUCUACUUCUGCCGCGGCUCCUUGCCAUGGCAGGGAUUGAAGGCCGCUACAAAGAGGCAAAAGUAUGACAGAAUCAUGGAAAAGAAAAUAACCACUCCAAAUAACAUUUUGACCAAGGGCUUGCCUUCAGAGUUUUUGGAGUACAUGAACUACAUCAAAACCUUGAGAUUCGACGACAAGCCAGACUACCCAUACUUGAGAAAGUUGUUCAGAGAUUUGUUCAAGAAGGAAAACUACAGAUACGACUACGUGUUCGACUGGACCUUAUACAAAUUCCAACAAGAAAAGCAAAGAGCCCAGGGCAAGAUCGAAGACCAGAGUCAAGAUCCACAACAAGCACAACAAGCACAGCAACAGCAACAGCAACAACAGCAGCAAGCACAGCAGGUAGCCAAACCCCAGGAAUCAGCGCAGCCCAACGCACAGCAAGCCGCCAUUCAACACCAACACCAAUUGGCAUUACAAAAAGCAAGAGCAUUACAACAACAGCAUCAACAAACUAUAGGAGAUAAGGAUUCCGGGAACCCCGAAGAAGACCCCCAGAAGGUAUUCUACAAGAACCUCUUUGGUGACGAUUACCAGAAGAUCAUAAACAAGGAGGAAGAACCCGCUAAGGACAUAGGUGGAGUCAACGGUGCCGGGAUCUACCAAGCUAAUGCCAACAACAAGUACUCUCGUGCAACAGUAUCCAACCAGUUUGAACAGGAUAAAGCCAAAGUGUCACGUGGUGCUCCUGCCCAACAAGUGCAAAACAACCGUAAUCCAACCUGGCUCUGA